UGAUGAGAGAUCAAUUUAAGUGAUGCCCGACUUCACAACAAAAGCCUAGCUAGAGCCUCUGCACACCAUUUCUACCUACCAAUGACUAUCAUCUCUGUUUUGUACUUUAUUAUAUAUUUAUUUACAUGAUCUUACUAUGAACACAAAAGGUUUGGAGUUGCAAAGCAUUGAAACUAAGACAAAUAAAACUCAGAAGAAGGGAUGAGGGUGGCAGUGGUGGGAGCUGGUAUUAGUGGACUGGUUUCAGCCUAUGUUUUGGCACAAAACGGCGUGGAAGUGGUUCUAUAUGAGAAAGAACAAUACUUGGGAGGCCAUGCCAACACUGUUACUUUUGAUGGUUUUGAUUUGGACCUUGGUUUCAUGGUCUUCAAUCCUGUUUCAUAUCCAAACAUGAUGGAGUUUUUUGAAAAGCUUGGAGUUGAGAUGGAGACGUCAGAUAUGUCAUUCUCAGUAAGCUUAGACAAAGGAGAAGGAUGUGAGUGGGGUACCCGAAAUGGCUUCUCGAGUUUAUUUGCUCAGAAGAAGAAUUUCUUUAAUCCCUACUUCUAUCAAAUGAUUAGAGAAAUUGUUAAGUUCAAAGAUGACGUGAACAGAUAUCUUGAUAUGUUUAAUAACAACCCGGACAUAGACCGAAAUGAAACGUUAGGAGACUUCCUUAAGUCUCAUGGUUACUCCGACUUGUUUAUAAAAGCUUAUCUUAUUCCAAUAUGUGGAUCAAUAUGGUCCUGCCAUUCGGAAGAUGUUAUGAUUUUCUCUGCUUUCUCUGUUCUUUCAUUUUGUCGCAAUCACCAUCUCCUCCAGUUAUUUGGUCAUCCUCAAUGGCUUACUGUCAAAGGACGUUCACAUUGUUAUGUGAAGAAAGUAAGAGCUGAGCUAGAGAGUAGAGGUUGUCACAUAAGAACCUGUUCCGAGGUACAAAUGAUUUCAACCAUUGACGAGGGUUGUGUGGUUCACAAUGAAGAUGGUUCUAAAGAAGUGUAUAAUAAGUGCAUAUUGGCUGUUCAUGCUCCUGAUGCUGUGAGAUUACUUGGAGACCAAGCUACUCCUGUUGAACAGAGAGUACUUGGUGCUUUCCAAUAUGUUUAUAGUGACAUUUACCUUCAUCGUGACAAAACUUUAAUGCCCAAAAACCCAGCCGCAUGGAGUGCAUGGAACUUCCUAGGAAGGAGAGACAAGAAAGUAUCUUUGACAUACUGGCUCAAUAUGAUUCAGAAUCUUGGUGAAACAAGUCUCCCUUUUCUUGUGACACUCAAUCCUGAUUAUCCACCAAACCAUACAUUGGUUAAGUUUUCAACUAGUCAUCCAGUCCCGUCUGUUACAACAUCAAAAGCUUCACUCGAGAUUCAUCAAAUUCAAGGAAAUAGAGGAAUUUGGUUUUGCGGAGCAUACCAGGGUUAUGGCUUCCAUGAGGAUGGAUUAAAGGCAGGAAUGACUGCAGCAUAUGGUUUGAUUGGAAAAAGUUGUGACCUUCUUAGUAAUCCAAAUCACAUGGUACCUUCCCUGGUAGAAAGAGGAGCACGCCUUUUUGUUACUAGAUUUCUUACACAAUUUAUCACUGCAGGAUGUUUAAUUAUAUUGGAAGAAGGGGGUACAAUGUUUACUUUUGAAGGAAACACAAAAGGAUGUUCUCUGAAAGUAGCUAUCAAAGUUCACAGUUCACAAUUUUAUUGGAAGGUUGCAACACAAGCUGAUUUAGGCCUUGCGGAUGCUUAUGUCAAUGGAGAUUUUACUUUUGUUGACAAAGAUCAAGGUCUACUAAAUCUCUUUCUGAUUUUCAUCGCCAAUAGAGAUUCAAAUUCUUCAGCCUCCAAACUAAACAAGAAAGGCUUGAGGGGAUGGUGGACUCCACUGUUGUUCACAGCUAGUAUAGCCUCAGCAAAAUAUUUCUUUCAGCAUGUUUCAAGGCAAAACACCCUUACACAAGCUCGCAGGAACAUCUCUCGCCAUUAUGAUCUGAGUAAUGAACUCUUUGCACUGUUCCUGGAUGAAACGAUGUCAUACUCUUCUGCUGUAUUUAAGUCAAUAGAUGAAGAGUUGAAGGCUGCACAAUUGCGAAAAAUAUCUAUUCUUAUUGAGAAAGCCAGAAUUGAUAAGAGUCAUGAAGUUCUUGAAAUUGGGUGUGGUUGGGGAAGUUUGGCCAUUGAAGUUGUCAAAAGAACUGGAUGCAAGUACACUGGCAUCACUCUAUCGAAGGAACAACUGAAAAUAGCACAAAAGAAAGUGAAAGAUGUUGGCCUUCAGGAAAAUAUCAAAUUUCUUCUUUGUGACUAUCGACAAUUGCCUGCUGGCUACAAAUGUGACAGAAUCAUAUCUUGUGAGAUGAUAGAACACGUUGGCCAUGAGUUCAUUGGAGACUUUUUUGGUUGUUGUGAGUCUGUACUAGCAGAGAAUGGCCUUUUUGUUCUACAGUUUAUAUCAAUACCGGAUCAACGAUACGAGGAGUAUAGGAGAAGUUCAGAUUUUAUCAAGGAGUACAUUUUUCCUGGUGGAUUACUACCUUCAUUAAGUAGAGUAACAUCUGCCAUGACUGCUUCAUCUAGACUCUGUGUGGAGCACAUUGAAAACAUUGGAAUCCAUUACUACCAAACUCUAAGGAUUUGGAGAAAAAAUUUCUUGGAGAAGCAAGGUGAAAUCAUGGCUCUUGGAUACAAUGACAAAUUCAUUAGGACGUGGGAGUAUUAUUUUGAUUAUUGUGCAGCAGGUUUCAAGUCUCACACUCUUGGCGAUUACCAGAUUGUGUUUUCACGUCCUGGCAAUGUGGCUACAUUUAGCAAUCCAUAUAGAGGCAUUCCAACUACCUACGGAGUUGAAUUUAAUUGAUGGUGUUUUUAUUGGACUUGAGGCUAUUUCAAUAAAUCCUAGCUCUUGUUUCUUGAUUUGAUCUCAUUAUAUGUUUUUUUUUUUUAAAUUUAUCUCUUUAUAUGUUGGAUGUUGUUUUUGAGUAACUAUUAUUCUAUUGGUUAUGUUGAUUAAUACUAUAAUUUUAGCCCCAACUUUCAUGAAUCUAA